AUGCCAUCGCUCGAAGCUGCACGCUCCUCUAACGCCGAUUACGCCCCGCCUUCGCCUCCAGUCGCGAUCUUCGUCGGGGGCACGUCCGGCAUCGGACGUGCCAUGGCGGAGACCCUCGCCCGCUAUACCAACGGCAAUGUGAACAUCAUCAUCAUUGGGAGGAAUCGUGCCGCAGCCGAGGCCAUUAUCGCAUCCUUUCCGCCGCCCCCGGCGGGUGUACAACACGAAUUCGUGCCCUGCGAUGCCAACCUGAUGAAGAACGUCGAGUCGACAACGCAAGGCCUUCUCGCACGCCUGCCCAAGGUGAACUAUCUCGUCCUCUCCUCGGCGAAUUUGCGGUUCUUUGGGAGGGGUGAGACCAGCGAGGGCAUAGACGACCUCGCCGUGCUGAUGUACUACGCUCGAUGGAAGUUCAUCCAUGACUUGAUUCCGCUGCUGAGGAAGGCGAAAGAUGCGGGCGAGGAUGCGAAGGUCAUGUCGGUCGCAGGGCCGGGGUUGGGCAAUGGUAUCGACCUGGACGACCUCGGGCCAAAGAGGAAUCGAGGCAUUCUGAACAUGCGAGCCCAGCUCUCAAUGUACAAUGAUCUCAUGAUCGAGGCCUUCGCAGAGCGCGAUCCCACCAUGUCAUUCAUUCACAUCUGGCCAGGAAUUGUAGACACGCCAAUAUUGGGGCGAUUCUUCUGGUUCCUCUUCUAUUUCUUCUCUGUGUCUGCCGAAGAAUGUGCGGAGUAUAUGCUUUGCGCACUCUUCACUGCGGGCCCUGGCGCCCAUCGCAUGGACAAUCACGGCGACGACAUGGGGAAGGAGCGGCACUACGGCUCUGAUGAGGCAAGUCAGCGUCUCUGGGAGUUCACAGAAGGAGAAAUUGCGCGCGCGAUGAACGUUGCCUAA